CAGAGGUCAUGAAGUUGGCAUUCUUCUGUGCUCUGCUCUCUCUCCUAGCAGGGCACAGUCGGGGAGACACCCGCGCCAUCGGGGCUGAGGAAUGUGCUCCCAACUCACAGCCCUGGCAGGCUGGCCUCUUCCACCUCACCCGGCUCUUCUGCGGGGCGACCCUCAUCUCUGACCGCUGGCUGCUCACGGCUGCCCACUGCCGCAAGUCGUAUCUGUGGGUCCGCCUGGGGGAGCACCACAUCUGGCAAUGGGAGGGGCCAGAACAACUGUUCCGGGUCAAGGACUUCUUCCCCCACCCUGGAUUCAACAAGGACCUCACGGCCCACGACCACAACGAUGACAUCAUGCUCAUCCGGCUGCCCAGGCCCGUGAGCCUGGGACCUGCCGUGCAGCCCCUCAACCUCAGCCAGACGUGCGUCACCCCCGGCACCCAGUGCCUCAUCUCGGGCUGGGGAGCCGUGUCCAGCCCCAAGGUGCAGUACCCGCUGACGCUGCAGUGUGCCAACAUCAGCGUCCUGGAGCCCAGGCUCUGCCGCCGGGCAUACCCCGGCCACAUCUCCAGCAGCAUGCUCUGCGCUGGCCUCUGGGAGGGGGGCCGGGGCUCCUGCCAGGUGAGACCCAGGAAGAGGGACUGGGGUGACUCUGGGGGCCCCCUGGUUUGCGACGGGACCCUGGCGGGUGUGGUGUCUGGGGGGUCCGAGCCCUGCUCCACACCCGGGCGUCCGGCCGUCUACACCAGCGUUUGCCACUACGUGGACUGGGUGCAGAAGACCAUGGAGGACAACUGA